AUGAACUCUCAGCAGCCACAGCCUAGCAUAAAUAGUAUUGGCAGUUUGCUUAGUAGUAAACCGCUCACUGGAGAACAUAUGGGUUUAAAUUCACAACAGCUGUCUUACUAUCCUAAUCAGAGUUCUGUUCAGACUCGAAGCCUUACUUCAGGCACUCCUUUUGUCGGUGCACUGAACCUUGGCUCGUCAGGCGCACAUGCCUCUGUUGGCAGCGUCAGUGCUCUAAUUGGUCGCACUCCCUAUACGCCUGCCACUCCCGCCACUCCUCUUCAUGAUAAAGAUGCUGGUAUCCCCCGGCCACAGUUACAAAAUAUUGUAUGCACUGUCUACCUUGGUUGUCGACUCGACCUGAAAAAGAUUGCACUACAUGCCCGCAAUGCUGAAUACAACCCAAAGCGAUUUGCUGCCGUGAUCAUGAGGAUUCGUGAACCUAGAACAACAGCCCUUAUUUUUUCUUCCGGCAAAAUGGUAUGCACCGGUGCCAAGAGUGAACUGCAGGCUAAACUGGCAGCCAGGAAGUACGCACGCAUAAUUCAAAAACUUGGUUUUGAGGUUAGUCAUUUUCUGAUAAUACGAAGAUCUAUAAGACAUUUUAUAAUUGUGUUGCAGCGACAUAUCGUCCAUAUUGUAUUUUAA